CCUACUUAUAGAUUUUGAUGCAUAAGUCAAUUGUGAGCUCUAUAUAAACCUAGCUACAUCUCUCUUUAUUUUGCUCAUCAACCUAAACCACCAGCAACUUCAACAUUGUUAGUCAUCAUUUGCUUAAUUACCUCUUUCUACUAAAUUAAGGAUCGAGAUAAAUUCAGCAAAAAAGCAUGGUUUCCGAAAGUCUCCCCAAGCUUCCUACAGUUGAGCUAAAGGGUAAGUUGAAAGCAGGAACAAGUUCAUGGACAUCAACAUGCAACAAAGUGAAGCAAGCACUAGAAGAAUACGGUUGCUUCGUGGCUGUGUAUGACAAGUUUACCGUAGAUCUCCACAACAAGGCGGUUGAUGUUGUACAACCCAUGUUUGAACUCCCUACCAAAGUUAAAGCUAGAAACUCCUCCGAUCUUCCCUACCACGGGUAUUAUAAGCCCGGAAAACCCAUGCCUCUUCUCGAAAGUCUAGGCAUUGAGGAGGCAACAACGCUUCAUAACAUCCAAUCUUUCACUAAUCUCUUGUGGCCUACUAGGAACGAUCAUUUUUGUGAAACCAUCCAUGAAUAUGCAAAGACAGUAUCGGAGCUAGAACAAUUGGUAAUGAGGAUGGUAUUUGAGACUUACGGGGUGGAGAAAUACCUUAACUCUCAUCUCAACUCGACCACUUACCUUCUUCGUAUAGCAAAGUACAGGGUACCACUCAAGGAUGAACUUAAUCUUGGUGCAGUUGGUCACACUGACAAAAACUUCAUAACAAUACUUCAUCAGAAUCAAGUUAAUGGUUUGGAAGUUCAAACUAAAGAUGGUGAAUGGCUUACUUUUGAGUCCUCGCCUCAGUCUUUUGUUGUCAUGGCAGGGGAGCCUUUCUUGGCAUGGAGCAAUAACAGAAUACAUGCACCUCUACAUCGCGUGAUGAUGAAGGGAGACAAGGCAAGGUACUCAUUUGCGUUAUUCUCAACAAGUAAAGACAACAUUGUUACACCAAAGGAGUUGGUCGACGAAGAUCAUCCAUUACAAUUUAAGCCAUUCGAUUAUAUGGGAUUGCUUCGAUUUUAUACCGAAGACGUUAGUCGAAUGGCCGUCUGUACCAUCAAAGACUACUGUGGCGUUUAAAAUUAAUAAUUAACUACAUACUACGGAAUACGGACAUACUCCGUACUACAUACGGAGUAAUUCCUUUGUAAUUGUUGUGAUUAGUGAACAAAAUGCAUGUACCCUAAUUGGUUUAAGAAUGGUGUAAUUACCUCGUGAAAAUUUAAACUUUCCCCUAAAUAGUUCGUGACAUUAGAAUAUACCAUCGCAAACUCUUCAAAAUGUCCCCUAUUUUUCCAAUGUGUCAUAUGACAUGGACUUAUAAGAGGAUAGCUCUCCAAUCCAUUGUUAUUUUCUUUAAUUAACACAUCAAAUAUAAUGUAUUUAUCGAUUGUAAAUUAGUUGCUCGCAUGUUUUAAUUAUUGUUAAUGUAUAUUUAUUCAAAUUUGAGUUGAUAUUUCAU